AUGCCGUCCCACCGCCUGGCUCCUGCCCCCAAGGGAGAGCGGACAGGCUCCCGGAGAACGACUCAAUUCACCUCAGUGAUUUGUCGGCACUCGGGCCAACGAGCGACCCCCGGGGCGCGUCCCCGCUCCUGUCCGGGAGGCGGAGGGCAGCGCCGGGCCGGCUGCGGGCACUGCCACACGCUGUGGGGCGGCUGGGGAAGGGGGCGACGGGACGGGGCCGAACCCCGCUUCCCCGGAGGAGCCCUCCGGGGUCCGCGAAGGGAGAGCGGGCCCGGGCGAGGCGCGGCGCCCGGCGGGGGCUCUGCUUGUGACCGUUUAACGGCCCGUUCCCGGUGGAAUUGUCUCCCCUGCCGGGCUCUUUGUCGGCUGCGGGAGGAGCCCGUCUCUCUCUGCCGCGGGAGGGGGGGCAGCGAGCCGAGCUGGGGGGGAAAAGUGCUGCUGGCAUCGGCCCCGGGCGGCCGCCGCCGCUCCGCGGGGUCCGACCCGGAGCUUCGUCCCGCGUCAGGCGGGGUUUCCCCGCACGGCUGGACCCGGCUGAGAAGACUGUUCACCGCAGAAACCCGCAAACGGGGAGGGGGGGCUCCCCCCCGCCUGGGCUCAGCUAGUGGAAGUGUUAAAGAUACCUUUGUUGGAGCAAGAAAUGGACAAUACAGGCUUUUAAAAAUAGUCAUUCACAAUGAGCAGCUUAUUGUGGGAUCGUCUAGGCAGCCAGUUGGAUCAUGGGAAAAGGAUUAUGAUGCUUUUAUCCUUCCCCUUCUUGAAGACAAGCAACCAUGUUAUAUAUUAUACAGACUAGAUUCUCAGAAUGCUCAAGGAUAUGAAUGGAUCUUCAUUGCGUGGUCACCUGAUCACUCUCCAGUUCGUCAAAAAAUGUUGUAUGCAGCAACCCGAGCAACACUUAAGAAAGAAUUUGGAGGUGGUCAUAUUAAGGAUGAAGUAUUUGGAACUGUACAGGAUGAUGUUUCACUGAAUGGAUAUAAAAAGUAUUUGAUAUCGCAGUCCUCCCCUGCACCUCUGACUGCAGCAGAAGAAGAACUUCGACAAAUCAAGAUUAAUGAGGUACAGACAGAUGUUAGUGUAGAUACCAAGCAUCAAACAUUGCAAGGAGUAGCGUUCCCCAUUGCUAAUGAAGCUAUUCAAGCUUUGGAGAAAUUGAAAAAUAAGAAACUGAAUUAUGUGCAACUGCAAAUUGAUAUGAAAAAUGAAAUUAUUAUUUUGGCCAACACACUUCAUACUGAACUUAAGGACUUGCCAAAAAGAAUUCCAAAGGAUGCUGCGCGUUACCACUUUUUCCUGUAUAAGCAUGCCCAUGAAGGAGACUAUUUGGAAUCCAUAGUUUUCAUCUACUCUAUGCCGGGUUAUACCUGUAGUAUACGAGAACGAAUGCUCUACUCUAGUUGCAAAAGUCCACUGUUAGAAAUUGUAGAAAGACAGCUGUGGAUGCAGAUAAUUAGAAAGAUUGAAAUAGAUAAUGGUGAUGAGUUAACUCCUGACUUCCUUUAUGAAGAGGUUCAUCCGAAACAACAUGCUCACAAACAAAGUUUUGCUAAACCAAAAGGCCCUGCAGGGAAGAGGGGAAUACGAAGACUGAUCAGAGGUCCAGCAGAGACUGAAACACCUAGUGAUUAGAAACUGUUGUUUGCAUUUGUUAUAAAGUAUUACAGUAAGAAAUUAAAUUCUGGCUUUCAGUAAUGAACUGAAAUCAUUCCAUUCAUAGAUGCUAGGAAAAGAAAGGCUCUUUUUACUCUUCUGACUCCUCUGACCUCAACACUUUUUAUAUUGUUACAUGAUUAUAUUUGUUGACCAUGUUUUAUAACAUGUGGAAGAGCUAAUUAUUUUAAAGCUAGAAGAGGAAGACUAAGCUAGUACCCCUUUAUUUUAAAUUAGAAUCCGUUAUUUAAUAGCUGUAUAUGUGAUCAUAAACUUUGCAGACAUAACACUAUUAAGCCCAUGUACUCUGUGGGUAAGUUGAGCUCUAUGCCUAGAUGACAGACCUGUCUGCUUAUGAGUAGCCUAUUGAAACUCAUAAGACUUUCCAUGUGAGAAGAGCUGAAGGACUAUAUAGCAUUGUCCCAGAUAAAUCUUUAUUUUUCCUUGUAGCUCUUACGGACAAUAAUACAGUAGAAGGUUUUCUUCUGGUUUUGACAUGAUGCAUUAUUGGGUUUUGUUGUUGUUUUGUUUUGGGUUUUUUUUGGUAAUAGAAAAGAUAAACUCAAAUCAGUUAUCCAUCAAUUAAUGUAAGUGUUCAGGAACAGCUGGAUAUUUUGUGAUGCAAAAGCAUGGUCAUUUCAAAUUUAUAACUGUUUUAAUGUGAUUGUCUUUUAAAGAAAUCUGACAUAAAACCACUAUAGCUUUUCCAGACUUCUAUACCGCUUGUAAGCCUUACAUAUUAAGUACUAAAUGACCAAGUAAAAAGUAAUAGAAAGUGCAUGAGUAUACUCGGUAGAUUAUGGAGCUGCUUUCAAAUAUGCGUAAAAAUUCCAAAUAAAUAGUUGAUUAUUGGUGCACUUGGAUCUAAACUGGUAUAAAUUCAGUAAAAAUUGAAAUAGACUUGCUUCAUAAUGGUGAGUCGUUCUUGAGAUCCUAGUGUGGUUAUAGUAUCAACUGCAAUUUUGACUUUCAAAGUAUUCUGAAAAUGACUUUUCCUGAAUGUUUGAACUUUAAUAGUAACUUAAAUCUGUAACAAAAUCCAACUAGGUGUUGAAUAACUGCUGGCAGCACCUAGUUAGGAUUUUGUCUUUGUCUUUUUUUUUUUUUCCCCUUCUCCAAAAUACUAAAAUCACCCAGAACAGUCUAAACCUGAUCAAACCAUGAGUAAUGUAUUUAAUAGGAAGAAGAAAAAUAAGAUUAUUUUAAUAAGUGGAUUAAAGAAGAAUUAGAUGUGGAAAUCAAGUAUUGGAUGACCUUAAAUAUUUAAAAUUGUGUAGAGGCAAAUACUAGUGGAGAGAUUAUAUUCCCCAGUGGGGACUUGCUUUUUAGUGUCAUGUAUGUGAGCUUUGUGUUUCUUGAAUUUUAUAUUCUUAAGGCUACAUGGGAGUUGCAAGUCUUGGUUCAGUGUGUAUUACCAUAGGUGCUGGGUGUACACGUUAUGGAGCUGAAUCACGUGUUUACCUGGUGGAAGAUAGAUUUGAAACUAGUUUUGUAGGGAAAUAAUGCUUUGACACUACUAGUUCCUGAUAAAAUUUGUUUUAUCUUACACAUUAUUUUGUUUGGAGAUGCUAGCUUGUUAUUGAUGUCUGAGGUUGCACUAUAUAAUGUGAAGAUUGGAAUAGCUGUUGGUUUUACUGUGGUGGUUUUUUUUAUAUAUGAAGUAGAAAUCUGACACCUCAGCUUUUUUUCAUUUAAUCUGAUACACUACAUCAAUCCAAUUCAAUAGCUCUUGAUCCUCAGCUAAUCUCCUCCUUGCCCUCAGCUACUGUGUUCUUUUUCUGCCUCUUGCCUCCUCCCUCCAGGGCAAGGAGCUGCCCUUUGGAGUCUUUUCUUCUCUGUGGUACCUGCCAGGCAAGUGUCAUUGGUUUUUAAACAUGGUUCAUGUGUGUGCAGCUCAUUGUACACUGUAAUUAAAUGUAUUUUUAGUUGAACUUUGAAUCUUUUCAGCACCCCUAAUUCACUUUGGGCUUUUUGGUGGUUGUUUUUUUUUAAGGAAAACCUUUGAGUGUAGCAGUUGAAAAAUCACUGCUAGAAGGGUUUUUGUUUGACUUGAGUAUUCCUGCCCUGUGUCAGCCAUACCAAGAGUGCACAUACAUUUUUACACUUAUUUGAGCCAGUAAAGAAGUUCAGCUUUUUAAUACCAAACAUGUUAAAUAAUGAACAGUUUGACCUGCUAUGGUUAUGUGUAUGUUGUGUUUUGUUUGGGGUUUUUUUCGGUAAUCCUGCCCCAGGUAGAUGAGGGUAGGAGGUAGGAAGCUUAAUCUGGAGGAUGCUGAAAGCUGGUUAAGCGAUUACGGGAGGGUGUUUAUAAUGAGCUGCUUUAAGAGUUUGUCCCAAACCAGACAUUCUAAGUUCUCUUAGUUGAAAAUAUUCUCUGUGGGUGUACAGACCCCUGACCAGUGAGCAGAGAGUCACGUCCUGGGCAUAUUUCCCCCUCAUCUUUCCCCUAAAAGAUAAUUGUGUGAAGUCUUCCACAGCCCACGGCCUCCCCGGGCCUCUCGUAGUCAUUCUCCUGACACAGCAAUAACAAGCAUCUGACGUUUGUGGAAGAUCUGUCACGUUUACAUCUGUGUAGUUGCCUCACGUAACACUACUCCUGUUAACUGAUGUUCGGAGCCAGCACAAAGUGAGGGCAUUAAUGAAAGUUGUUCCUUAACUGUCUCUGCUCACUUAAUAAUUGAAAGUGUCCGUUCAAAUUGUUGUUGGCCUUCGGAAAGCCCGAAAGCAAUGCAGCUGUUUGCAGUUAACUUACAAGCUAUUAAACAGUUAAUUAACAUGACAGGUAAUUAUUUUUGAAAUGUUUAUGUUGCAAGGUAGGAAGAAUGUGAUCUUCUAAAACACUCCUAUCAGAGGUUUGUAAAACUAAUCAAGGUAGUAAUUGCUCUGUUACUUGGAUAAACAUGUUGAUAAAGGAAACUUUUGAUUUACGGUGUCUAUAUAUUCAAUGAAAACCACCUUCAGAUGCUAAAAUUAACUAAGUUUACCUUAUCUAUUUUGUAAAUUACUUUAUAAAUAAAGAUCUGACGCUUUA